AUGGCCAAUAUGAAUAGGGAGCGGUGUCAGUUCUGGUGGGAGGAUGAGGGUCCUCUUGCAGAUACUGAGCAGUUAGUCCCUGUCACAUUCCGCGGGAUGGGUCAAGAAUUGGACAUGCUAUCCGAGACCGCGCUGAUGUGCCGGCGAUGCACCGCCGAAGUGGUUAACAUGGUUUGUCUUCAUCCAGAGUGGCGUUCGCGGCGGCGCGACCGCACCGAGACAACAUUGGACCGACAGGAACCUCCGGUGACAGCCGAGGGGGAUGCGUUGUCGAUCACCGAGGAUGAGAAGUGA